CUUUAAAACUCAUCUAUAAUUUCUUUAGCUCGUGCGUUCUUCAAUAGAUAGUCUGGAGAACAGAUGCAUAUAUUUGCUUCAAGAUGUCCGUAUUGGGAUAACAGUAGACAGGUAAUAUGUGAUGCUCCAUAUGACAUUAAGACAGCUCACAUCCCGUCAACCAUAAAUAUUGUCAUCGCAUCAGCCGUCUCAACCGUUCUACUAUCUCUUCAUCUCAUCUCUUCUCAAAAUGCUCGCACCAUUCAUCCUCCUUGUUGGCUAUUGCGGGGUCCUCAGCUUGACCUCCCCCAACCCCCCUCCGAAGAAUUGCUAUAAAAUCGAUCGCAUAUACGUCUCCAACAAUGUCGUUAUGCCCUUGGCCCGUAAAAUCGGCAGUCUCCUGUUCCUUUCCCAAGCCAUGCUCUCCUUCCUCCGCAGUUGGGACGGCCAAUCUCUUCCCCCUCAAGUCUGCCCCAAUCCUUCCAAUGUCAAUUCGAACAUUCUCUCCUGGACCCCAACAACCAUUCUAGCUGUCGCAAUAGCCCUCGUUGGCGCCUCGAUUCGUCUUCCUGCCUACCGCACCUUGGGCCGCAACUUUACCUUUGACAUCGCUCCUCCGGACCGUCUGGUGACGUCCGGGGCGUAUCGCUAUCUGCAACACCCCAGCUACACAGGCCAGUUUUUGGUCAUUUCGGGUUGUUUUGGAUUGUUCUUUCGAUGGGAUGGGCCGCUUGCUUGCUGGUUCAGCCCGAGUACCAGGCAGGCAUUGGAUGGAUGGGGCCUUCCUCUGAUUUUACUCGUGCUGGCCGGCACCAUCUGGCAGACUUUGUGCAGGAUUCAAGAUGAGGAAAUGAUGAUGAAGGAGAAGUUUGGGAAGGAGUGGGAGGAGUGGCAUUCGAAGACGAGUCGGUUGAUUCCUGGGUUGUUUUAGCUGUAAAUAUACGUGUAUGAUUAGUAUUGAUGAUGCAUGUUUCAUUUGGAUGGAGAUGGUUUGGAAAAAAAGUUGUUUGGGUGGUUUUAAUAUUGUUAUACUGGCUGUCAUUAUAAUUGAAUUGUGUUUCGGCUGUUCCAAAGACUGUUGAGUAAGGG